AUGCGCUCCGAUCCCCCUUCAAAUCGUCGUGUCGCCUGGGUCACCCUCCUGACUCGCAAAUCCUACAUUCCAGGCACCGUCCUCCUCGCCCACAGCCUGCAGAAACAAAAGUCUCAAUACCCGCUCAUCGUCCUCUACACGCCCUCGCUUCCAUCCGAAUGCCUUCCAGCACUCUACCGCGAGGCAUCGCUGACCAACGCCACGCUCCACCCGAUUCAACCUCUCGUUCCGAAAGAACAGCGAAACCUCAUUGCAGCGCGGUUUGGAGACACCUGGACCAAGCUCCGCAUCUUUGAGCUAUUCGAGUAUGAACGAUUGGUGUUUCUCGACGCCGAUAUGUUGGUGUUCCGCAAUAUGGACGAACUGUUCGACAUCGAGUUACCGGGGAGAGAUUGGAUAGCGGCGAACCACUGUUGCGUCUGUAACCUUGACAACGAUGAGUGGGCACCUGCGGAUUGGAAGAAGGAGAACUGUGCAUACACGGGUCGGACGCAUCCUUCUUGUCUGGAUAAUCCCUCUCGAGUUCCCGAGCCUGGAACGGGACUUCCUACACACACCCUGUUGAACAGCGGACUUUUCAUCUGCACACCCAAUCCGAAACUCUGGAAAGACAUAUUAGACUUCUUGGAGACGUCACCACUAGUCAAGGAUUUCAUGUUUCCCGACCAGGAUUUCCUAGCCGAGUUCUUCAGAGGGAAGUGGAAGGCGAUAGGGUACCAGUACAACGCGCUGAAAACAAUGCGGUACUGGCAUCCGGAGAUGUGGAGGGACGAGGAGGUCCGGAAUCUGCACUACAUUGUGGACAAGCCAUGGAGUAAGCGAGUGGGGAGCGACGGUGCUGCCGGGUAUCUUGGCCACGAUGGGACGACGCACCAAUGGUGGUGGGAUGAGUUUGCCAAGUGGGAGCAGGAGCGAAAAGGGAUGGGGGAACAGGACAUCCUAAUUAUGUUUGGGAGAAGGGCAGGAAAGAUGGGCAGCGGUGUCAAGACGAAGACACCCACCCGUAAGCAACCAGCAUACUGCCGACUCUACUUGUAUGAGAUUUCAUUACUUGGCAGCACAAUCUUCCGGUUGACUAUGGGUAGCAGGCACGUAAAGCACCUCAGGAAAGCUCAAGUACAGCACGCCGUGAGAGACCUGUCUACAACAAGCCUGCCCAGCCCAGAAUAUAUUCUGCAUCGCAAUGAUGAUAAGAAGAAGAAGAGGAAGAAGAAGAAGAAGAAUCCCGCUGCUGCGAAAAAAUGGAUAUGUGCGCCUUGA